AUGAUUAAUUCAAGAUAUUCAACUGAUACUUGUCAAGUAGUUCUUCGUCUUAAUCAUACAGAUCAAAAUCAAAUUCAACAUUUAACAUGGCAUUAUGAAAUGUUACAAAAAUAUAGUAUUGUACGUAUGUUAGUUCAAACAGGUCAAGAUAUGGUUACAACGCAACAACAAAUUCAUUUAAGAUUAGUUACUAAAGCAGAAAAACCAGUUGAAGAUACAUUAGUUGCUAUUAUUAUGAUUUUAAAAUCUCUAACAGCUGAUAUAACAUGGCAAAAAGGUGUGAAAAGACAAUUAGCUAAUCUUGAUAGAUUUAUUGAAGAAAUUCAAUUAUUUGAUAAAAUUAAUUUAACAGAAGAAGAUAUUAAUUUAAUUACUGCAAAUUAUUGA